AUGCCUUCAACAUUGUCUCCAUCUCUGCCUCCCAAUGUCCCAGGCCCCAAUCACAUGAAGGCCAUCCUUGAGAGCUUGGAAAACAUGCAAGGCAAUCAGAAAAGGAAAAGAAUUGAUGCUUUAGAUCUCUUUUUGAAGGCUGCAAGAGCCUUUCUUCUGCUCCACAAUCCCUUUGUGGAUAUUUGUGCUGUAUUCCAUGAUGGGAUUAGGGCCAAUCAUGGAGAAGAACUUACCGAUGAAGACAAAACACCCAAAGAACAGGACCGCUUAUACCACAUCAAUGUUUUCCAUGACUUUAUCAAGUGCAUCCCAGCCAUCAUCACCACACUGAGCAGCUUCGAGGAAGAUCCAGCCAAGCUAGAAGACUUUAUUAAUGCACUUCGAAAUUCUGCUUCUUUGGUGCGCGCUGAAGACACCUGCAAGCUGAAAGACCUCUGUCCAUCAUUUUUACUUGACGACCCUUCGAGACCUGGCGCCACAUUGGACCCCCCUAUCAUCAAAGAACAACCCAAGUCACUCCAUGGGUGGCACCACAAAUCUACUGCGCAAGCACUCUGUCCUAUGGUCAACAUCAAGAAAUUUGAUGAAGACCCUCAAGCAUUUAUGGAUGGUAUUCUCAAUGGCAAGAAGAGACCACCAUCAUUCAAAAAACUCCCAUCAAGUCUAUACAAUGAAUUGCUUGCUGACCCAAAACUGAAGCACGCAGGGUUUCUGCAUGGCAAACCUCUCAAAUGGACGUUCCGCACUAUUUUCACAGGACCUCUCACAGCACUUGAUCUGACAUCACGCAAAGGGACCAAACACCCUAAAGGUGUCAUUCAUAGUAUGACAGAACCUUCCGCCCCUGCUAUUGCCUAUGCUGCUAUCCAGUUGAUUGUCUCAUUAUUGUCUGCAGAACAAUGGACAUCGGAAGUCACCGGACUCAAUCUCUAUGAGUUACACAUGUCAACUGUCGACUCACCGAAAUGGAUUGAUCAUCCUUGGGUGAAAGAGACACUCAACUACUGGACAAAGGUGGCACCUCGGCUAACCCAGACCUCAAGGAGAAAGAACGGCAGAUGCACAGCUGCAGCAUCUGACAACUCUGACUCCGACAACAUGGAUGGCUUCCUCAACAAUCCCCCAGAAUGCCCAUCUCCUCCACCCGAGUGUUCAUGCAGACAUCCCUCUGGUCAGUGUCUGUCCCCACCACCUGAACAGCAGCAUCAGGUAACGCCACCGCAAGGCUCACGUCAUACUGACGAGGACGAUGACGACAGGCUGACUCCUCCACCCUCGACUCCCGCACCAGUCGCAAAAUGCAAGGCGGCUGCGAAGCGUGGCAAGGUCACUCGUCGAAGACGCUGA